AUGAAUCAUUUUCGUGAACGAUUUCCUUCUACUCCAGCAGUAGAAGGUACAAUUGUAUCUUCAUUCUUGGCGGGUUGUUUUAUUGGUGCUCUCGCAUCGGGAUAUUUUGCUGAUCGUUUUGGAAGAAGAUUUUCUAUUUUGGGUGGUUCUUUAAUAUUUGCAAUUGGUAGUGUUUUACAAGCCACCUCUGGCACGUUUGCUCAAUUAUAUAUAGGUAGAAUUGUUUCUGGUAUAUCAAUUGGCAUUCUAUCAAUGAUGGUACCUCUGUACCAAUCUGAAAUUAGUCCCAAGGAAAUUCGUGGGCGCUUGGUUUCUCUUCAGCAAUUUUCAAUUACUAUAGGAAUUGCAGUUUCAUUCUGGAUCGAUUAUGCAUCCGCGAAAAUCGAUUCUCCAGCCCAAUGGCAAAUUCCUUUAGGGAUUCAAUGUGCUCCUGCUUUAUUGCUUGCAAUUGGAACAACAAUCCUACCAUUCUCUCCUCGGUGGUUAUUAGAUCACGAUCGGGAUGAUGAAGCGGUUAUAGUACUAGCCAAACUUCGUGCUAACGGUGACAAAAAUGAUCCUAUUGUUAUUGAAGAAUAUAACGAGAUUAAGGAGAAUGUUAGAUUUGAACGCGAAAUCGCUGCAAAGAGUUAUUUUGAAUUAAUAAAAAAAGGUCCAGAAAAUAUUCGCAAAAGAAUCAUACUUGGAGUUGCUAUUCAAGCAUUCCAACAACUAACCGGAAUUAAUGCUAUCAUGUAUUAUGCACCACAAAUAUUUACUAGUGCUGGUUUAGGCGAUUCUUCAUCACUCCUUGCCACUGGUAUAAAUGGUAUUGUAAAUAUGGCUGCUACAAUUCCUGCUAUACUCUGGAUUGAUACAUGGGGUCGUAAACCUACUCUCACUUCUGGCGGAAUAUUGAUGGGAACUUUCAUGUUAAUCAUCGGGAUAAUACUGGCUGUACAUGGAUCAGAAUAUUAUGACUCAGCUAUAGGAAAACAUUCUUUGCAUUUAGAUUCACGUGGCGGUUGGAUUUAUCCAGCGGAAAUUUUUCCUUUACGUAUUCGAGGAAAAGCACUAUCAAUAACAACUGCUUCCAAUUGGCUUUUCAAUUUUAUUAUUGGACAAGUUGUUCCUAUACUAUUGGAUAGAACCUACAUAAUCUUUGGUGUACUCGGUCUAAUAAUGGGUGUAUCAAUAUUUUUAUUCUUUCCAGAAACAAAAGGCAAAACAUUAGAAGAAAUGGACAGCAUAUUUGGCAACGUAAAAUCUACACUACCAACACAUAUCGACUCAAGGCGAGCUGUUGAAAGUGGAAUUACUGAUGGUGGGACAUCACCAUCAAAUGUUAAGCAGGAACCAAGCGAGAUGAGAAAAAUUGAACAAGCUACAGACACUGAGACUAAGGAGAGUAAACCCUCCGUUGGCAUUACUUUCCCUGGAUAA